AUGGAGGGAGGAGGAGGCGGCGGCGACGACUCGGUCCCUCCCGCCCCGGGGGGCCUCCUGCACCAGAUCCUGAGCCUCCACCUGGUGCCUCGCUCGGGAAACGUCACCCGAGCCGCGUGCGCCGAAUCCCUCUGCGAGUUCACAGGUAGGUUCCGGGGCUCACGCCACGCCUGCCUUCGAAGGCCCCGCGAAGGGGUUGGGCGCCCUCUGCACGUACCCGCGUCGCCUCCUUCCCCCGUCCCACUUGGAGGGGUAGGACAAGGUCACUGUGGGUGCCUCUGAAGGAAAGGGGCGCGCCUGUCCCUGGAGUCUCCAGGUGGGGGUGGGCAGGACCUGGGAAAACUGCUGCUGGUCUCACCACUCAAAGUGUGUGGAGACCACCCUGGAAAUUCCCCCAUCAGCCCCAGCCAGGAAUUCACAGCCCAAAGCCAAAGAGGGAGGCCAUCCCUUUGGCGAAGGCUGACCAAGGGUAAGCAACAGGUAGAUUGGGGUCCACAUAUAGAUUAAUCAAGGGUUUCUGACUUGCCCCCAAGAUACUUUAAUGCAUGAGACAAAGCAGCUAAUCUAUCUUUCUUACUUAAAAAGACUUAUACCCUACUUUUUCCUUCCUUAAAAAUGUAAAGGGACCCCCUGACCAUUAGGUCCAGUCGUGGCCGACUCUGGGGUUGCGGCGCUUAUCUCACUUUAUUGGCCGAGGGAGCCGGCGUACAGCUUCUGGGUCAUGUGCCAGCAUGACUAAGCCGCUUCUGGUGAACCAGAGCAGCGCACGGAAACGCCGUUUACCUUCUUGUCGCAGAAGUACCUAUUUAUCUACUUGCACUUUGAUGUGCUUUUGAACUGCUAGGUUGGCAGGAGCAGGGACCGAGCAACGGGAGCUCACCCUGUUGCGGGGAUUCAAACCGCCGACUCGGCAAGUCCUAGGCUCAGUGGUUUAACCCACAGCGCCACCUGCGUCCCCUUUUCUUCCUUAGAGUUGUUUAAAACAGCUAAUAAUUAAAAAGCAACCAUGGUCCAACUGCUGAAGCUCAAUCCGUAAUAUAAAACUAAAGGUAGUAUCAAAAAAGAACAGCACAUAAUCAUUACUUUGAGCUGUUGCAUUGGGGUCCUGCUUCUGGGCUUCCCACACUGCACCUGGUUGACCACUGUGAGAACAGGAUGCUGGACCAGAUGGGCCCUUUGGCCUGAUCCAGGUGGCUGCUCUUCUCCUCUUACUACCCUCUUCUCUCCUAUCUCAUGGCAGAGAUGUGGUAUGGCGUCUUCCUGUGGGCAAUGGUGUCGUCUCUCUUUUUCCACAUCCCCGCAGCACUCCUGGCCCUCUUCACUCUCCGGCGGCACAGAUACGGCAGGUUCAUGUCGGUGAGCAUCCUGCUGAUGGGCUUCGUGGGGCCAUUAGCAGCUGGGAUUUUAUCAAGUAGGUUGGCUGUUUGAAACAUUCCUUUGCCCCAGCUGCAUCCCAGCAGCCUAGCAAUCUCCUUGUUUCUGUGUCCAAUGACAGGACAUAUUGGGAACAAAUCUGGGAUUCCCAAUCUCAGACUCAUAAAAUCUCGCUAGAAGAGGGAGAGUUUACAUUAUAGCACUCUCUCUCUCUGUCUUUCUCCUCCAUCCCCCCACAUAACAUGACCAAUUAGGCACGGGAGAGUUUGGAAUAAUCCUGGGAGUUUUCGCAGAAACACACCCAAGACCUCAACAGCCACAUUUUGUGAGGUUUGUUAAAAAUAAAAAAGAAAGGAGGAGGAUAAAUGGAAGAGGCAGAAUGUUGCUAUAGUCAAAGAACAAAAAGAGCCCUUUCAUUCAAGCCUAUCUAUCCUAUCAAAUCUACUUACAAGUGGGUUUCUUGUACCCACAUGUGUAGGUGGUCAGAUGAGCAAUGUUGAGCAAGCCUGGGCUGUUUAAAAGUGUUUCUGACCCAGGUGGGUCCUGACUGGCUGGACAAUGCCACCUGUCAAUCACAUCUGUCAUGGAGACGGUUUGACACCUUUUGAAAGUUGAGAGGCCAUUGGGGAUUGCCAUUCUUCUCUUUGCUACCCAUCUUCCAGCCUGUGACAGCCAGAAGUAUGGCUGUCAGUGAGGGUGUAUGUAUGUGACUCCAAGAUGCUUGAUGUUAACAACAGCAGAAGCUAUUGUGCCCUGCUUUCGGACGACCCUUUGGUAUUCAUACUAGUGGUGUUGUGGUUUCUAUUAAGGCUAGGAAGCCUUAGGUAUGGAUCCCCCACUCAGGGCUGAAGCUCCAUGGAUGACAUUGUGAGGACAAAAGGGGAGGGUGAGGAAAUUGUAUAUGCUGUUCUGAGCUCCCUGGAGGAGGAGCAGAGUUUAAAAUGUGAAAACAACUGCUCACCCAGCAGGCUGCUUUUGUGUUUUUUAACUAUUGGCUUAGCAGCAUUCCUAAAACUAGGUUCUGUCCAGAUGCGGUUGCACUACAACUCCCAUGAGUCCCAGAUCAUGCUGGCUGGGGUUGAAGAGAGUUGCAAUACAACACAUAUGGAGAGCACCAGGUUGAGGAAGAAGAAAAGUGAAUGACAGUUGUCCUUCAUUUCUUUUGCUGUGUAUUAUCAAGUGAGAAGAAAGGGAUGAUGGGAGAUGAACAACCAACCUAUGAUGUUCCUUUCCCCCCUUCCUGAACAGGUGCUGCGAUUGCCGGUGUUUACAAAGCUGCUGGAAAGGACAUGAUCCCCUUUGUGGCCAUGACUUUUGGAGUGGGGCAGACCUUCGGUGUGGUGAUGAUUUCUUUCUUACGGAUUUUAGCCACCCUUUAG